UGCAGUGAGGGUGUUGCGCGCGCUGCCUCCAGUCACGACGCUUCCUACAUGUGCAGUGAACUUGACACGUGCGCGCUAAAGAUAUUCCUACAACAUCGUAAACCAGCUUCUCUGUAUGGGACUUCCGAAUAAAAGUGAGAAGCACGCGCCCCCCUGAUGGAGCUGGGCGGCGAAGGCUUGUCCGGUCGACUCCUGGACACGCACAACCUGCUCUUCGGUGAGCCUUCUUCUUCCUCACCUUACCCACCGCUUCCUGAUGCACACCUCCGCUUGCACCACAACCCACCACACCCGCCCACCUCCGCGGCCCACCAGGACCUCCACACGGGGUCUACCUACAGACCUUGGGAGGCUGACCCCCACCAUCACUCGCAUGUGUUGGUCCACCAACCAACCCCCCUGUCCAUGGCGCAACACUACGCCACGGCCACACCCUUCAGUGAGGGAGGGUAUCCACACCACGUCCACCCAGCAUACCCCCCACACCCAUCGCAUGUAGCUGCACAUCACCCAAAACUGCCCCCAUUCACGGCCUUCUCCCCGGAACGUGGGUCUCCACUUCCCUCUUUUUCCACCUUGCCGUCCCCUCACGCGCGCUACCCUCUCGUACCCGCCCCGAUGCAGGCUCGGCACAUCCCCACGGUACAGCAGCAGAUGAUGGAUGAGCGACAGAUACACAUGCUCGAGGCAGCUAACACCACAAACCACACCACUCCUCAUCCUUCCCCGGUUACUCAUCCUCAGCCUUCCCCUGUAACUCCGCAUCCUCAUCCUUCCCCCGUCACUACUCAUCCGACUCAUCAGUCCCCACAUACGCCUAUUGCAGUUCCUCAUCCUCCACACCCCUCCCCGGCCACUCCAGGUGGCGUUGCUCCCUCUCAUCCCCAGCCUUCCCCAGGCUCACAAUCUACCAUCCCCGCAGCAAGUCCUUCCCCAGCCUCCUCUACCACCCACCUCACUGGCCCCGCGGACCUACAACAACUCUCUAACAACCACAACAUUGCCGGUAACGCCAACGGGCUGGAGUCUUUCAACAACGGAAUUGUGUCUUCCGCCUGCAAUGGGGCGAAUCCCAGCAACGGACUCAACGGGCUCAACGGGCCAAGCCCAAGACGUCCGUCAUUGAAGCGAUCGUGUCGGUCCUCUAACAACGACGCGAGUUUCUCCGACGAUACCGCUAGCAGCGACGCCUGCGAGGAAAGUGGACAAGUUGCAAGCAUUUCGUCCAGCGGCGGUCCACCUGACCCGACAUCGUCGGCCUCAGGAGGUCGGUUGUCGGGCCACAUGCCCGACUCGUCCUCCCGCAUCGGGCAUGGCCAAAGUAACGGGGAUGACGGUGACACGGGGGCUUUUCGCCACCCCCCACAGCAAGCGGCUCCCCCUUCCACUGACGAUCCUCCUGAAAAACCCGUGAAGAAAAAGCGGAAAAGAUGCGGCGACUGCGCGGGCUGUCAGAAGAAGGACAACUGCGGCGACUGCGCGCCCUGCAGGAACGACAAGAGCCACCAGAUCUGCAAGAUGCGCCGCUGCGACAAGCUCAUCGAGAAAAGGGUGAGUACGACUAAUAAAUUAUGA